AUGUCGCUGUUUAUGUGGCGUUUGACUUGGCCGCUAUGUUUGGCUUUAAUGCUAAUGGUCGUCAAGGUUGCUGCCAUCGAUUUAAGUCGUCUCUACGGUCAUAAUAUGGUGCAGAAAAGAAGCGAGGCUUGUCAUCCUUACGAGCCAUUCAAAUGCCCUGGAGAUGGUAAUUGCAUAUCAAUACAAUAUCUAUGUGAUGGUGCUCCCGACUGUUCAGACGGUUAUGAUGAGGAUAUGAGGCUAUGCACAGCGGCCAAACGUCCGCCCGUUGAAGAGACCGCAUCUUUUCUACAAAGCCUUUUGGCCUCACACGGCCCCAAUUACUUGGAAAAGUUAUUUGGUAGUAAGGCACGCGAUGCAUUGUCACCGUUGGGUGGUGUGGAAAAAGUGGCCAUAGCUUUAAGUGAAUCGCAAACAAUUGAAGAUUUCGGUGCUGCUUUGCAUUUGAUGAGAUCCGAUUUGGAGCAUCUGCGUUCGGUGUUCAUGGCGGUGGAGAACGGUGACUUGGGCAUGCUGAAGUCUUUGGGCAUCAAGGACUCCGAACUGGGUGACGUGAAGUUCUUCUUGGAGAAAUUAGUCAAUACUGGUUUCUUGGAUUGAGUAGCGCCAGAUCCGGCUUCUGGAUUUUAUUAUGCCCAUGCUCAGCCCAUCAAUCCCAGUUUUUAUUCCUACUUAGGCACACCGUACGACAAUUACAAUUAUUGAAAAAGCAAUCCAUUAAGAAAACGAGGCUUAAACUUGAAAUACUUGUUUGCGCGAAAACUCCCAAAAAA